UUACCGAUCUUUAUCAAGAAUGGUGCGGUCCUUGUAAAGCUGUAACAGGAUUGUUUAAAAGAUUAAAAAAUGAAUUAAAUGAUGAACUAUUAAACUUUGCAAUAGCUAAGGUAGAUAGUAUCGAAUCUCUUGGAAAAUAUCAGGGUAGAAGUGAACCAUGCUUUCUAUUUUUUGGGGGUGGAACUCUUGUAUGUGUUGUCCGUGGUGCUAAUCCUCCUGAAUUAGAGCGAUGUAUACGGGAAAAGCUAACUCAGGAACAUGAGAUAUUAAGUGGGGAGCUUGAAAGAAUAGAGAUUAAAGAUCCCUAUUUAGUUGCUCUUGAAGAAGCGGAAGCUGAAGAGAUAAGGCGAAAAGAAGAAGAAGAAGGUGACGAGACUUAUUUCAAUUUUGAUAUUUUCCUAACAGAAGUGACCCAAGAAAUCACUUUUGUCAUUUUGAAGCCGGACGUUAUUUUAUCUGAAAAGCAAGAAGAAUUAAUAUUUGAGCUUAUAAGCUUGUAG